CUCGACGCUGCCAUGGUUGUCCUCAACGCUCGUCUCUCCGCUCUUUGCGCUCUCCUUCUCGCCGCCAUCUCCGAUGCUCAAUCCACUAGCGAGCUCUCCUCCGCGGUGUCUGCGUCGUCGGCAGCGUCGUCAGCCGUCGCGUCUUCAACUGAGGUCGUGACCUCCAUCCUGACGAGCGUCGCGUCCUCCGCGUCGGCGUCGGUCUCGGCUUCGGCACCCGCGUCGGUCUCCUCCGCCAACUCCAGCGGAGUGAGCAGCGCGUCCGCAUCUGUCUCUACCAUUCUCUCCGGGACCUCCAUCGCGUCAGUGUCGAGUGCAAUCUCGUCUGUCGCGUCGGUGUCAAGCGCCAUCUCCUCCGCCGCUCCUUCGGCGUCCACUGCCUCUACGGGCCCUCCUCUCGAGUCCACGCACCUCACGAUACCCAUUUCCAAAUACCCCUUCACGUCGUUCCCUGUCCCCUCCGCAUCCCCGAUACCCGGCGUGUUCCCCUCGACUUCACCCAAGUCUCCGCCCCCGCCGGGCUCGAGCCUCAUUCCCGACUUUGGCCCAGCCUGGAAGGCCGCACAUGCCCGCGCCAAGAAGCUAAUCUCCGGCUGGUCGCUCGAGCAAAAGGUUGCGACCACCACCGGUGUCGGCUGGAUGGGUGGUCGCUGCGUCGGUAACAUUCCCGCCGUCGCUGAUUGGCCUGGCCUCUGUCUCGAAGAUUCCCCUCUGGGCGUGCGCGAUACUGACUUCGUAACCGCGUUCCCCACUGGUCUGUCAGCUGCCGCAACAUGGCAGCGUGCUCUCAUUCGUGCUCGUGGGCUCGCGAUGGGACAGGAGUUCAAAGGCAAGGGUGCGAACGUUGCACUUGGGCCUAUGAUGAACAUGGGUCGUAUCGCCCAGGGUGGCCGCAACUGGGAGGGUUUCGGCGCGGACCCAUUCCUUUCUGGGGAGGCCGCGUACGAGACGAUUCUCGGUAUGCAGGAGGGCGGCGUACAGGCCUGCGCGAAGCACUUCAUCAACAACGAGCAGGAGCACUUCCGUACGCAGGAGUCGUCAAACGUCGACGACCGUACUGAGCACGAGAUCUACUUCCACCCCUUCUUGCGUUCGGUGCAGGCUGGCGUGGCUAGUGUCAUGUGCAGCUACAACCUGGUCAACGACACGUACGCGUGCGAGAACGACCACACGCUCAACCAGCUCUUGAAGAGGGAGGCAGGCUUCCAAGGCUACGUCAUGUCCGAUUGGCAGGCGCACCAUUCGACUCUUGCCGCCGUCGCGGGCUUGGAUAUGUCCAUGCCUGGUGACAUCACGUUCAACUCGGGGACGUCGUGGUGGGGCGCGAACCUGACUGCGUUCGUGCAGAACGGCUCGAUCGCCGAAACCCGCGUGGACGACAUGGCGGAGCGCAUCCUCGCGUCGUGGUAUCUCCUCGACCAGGACGAUAACUACCCCGAAGUGAGCUUCAACGCGUUCUUCAUGAACGAUCCGGCGACCAACGCGCACGUCGAUGUGCAAGCCGAUCACUACAAGAUCGUGCGCGAGAUCGGCGCUGCUGGAAGUGUUUUGCUCAAGAACACCGACUCCGCGCUCCCCCUCAAGAAACCCCGUAGCAUCGCCCUCAUCGGCAACGACUCCGGCCCGAGCUCCCGCGGCCCCAACGGCUACGGUGACCGCGGUGGGGACGACGGCAUCCUCGCGAUGGGCUGGGGAUCUGGCACCACCCAGUUCCCGUACCUCAUCUCGCCGCUUGAGGCUAUUCAGGCUCGCGCCCGCAAGGACUCCUCCGGCUCGCAGGUGUCGUGGUUCCUCAACAACUGGGACCUCGCUGGGGCGCAGGCGACCGCACUCGACCAGGACGUCGCGCUCGUAUUCGUCAACGCGGACUCGGGCGAGGACUACAUCACCGUCGACGGCAACGAGGGCGACCGCAAGAACCUCACGCUCUGGGGCAACGCCGACAAUCUCAUCGCCGCGAUCGCAGAGGUGAACCGGAAUACGAUCGUCAUCGCGCACUCCGUCGGCCCCGCGAUCAUCGAGCCCUGGAUUGAGAACCCCAAUGUCACCGCCGUGAUCUGGGCUGGGCUGCCUGGGCAGGAGGCGGGCAACUCGAUCACAGACGUGCUGUACGGCGACGUGAACCCCUCUGGCCGCCUCCCGUACACGAUCGCGAAGAGCCCCGCGGACUACAGCGCGCAGCUGAUCACUGGGGGCUCUGGCGACGAGAUCCUGCGCAUCGACUAUACCGAGGGCCUCAACAUCGAUUACCGCCACUUCGACGCGAACAACAUCGACCCGCGCUUCGAGUUCGGCUUCGGUCUCUCGUACACCACGUUCUCCUACACCGGCCUGCGCGUCACGCCCAUCGCGCACGCAGACCACACGUCCGCCGCGCUCGAGUCCGCCUGGGCCGCGGGCAAGGCCUCCCCCGCCGACGAGGGCGCCGUCGCCGCGCUCUGGCUGCACCGCCCGGCGUUCGAGGUCACCUUCACCGUCAGGAACACCGGCGCCGUCGCAGGCACCGAGAUCGCGCAGCUCUACCUGCACUUCCCGAGCAGCGCGGGCGAGCCCCCGAGCGUGCUGCGCGGGUUCCAGGACAUCAAGGUGCCGGCGCACGGGAUCGCGCAGGGGAAGAUCACGCUCUCGCGCUACGACCUGAGCGUGUGGGAUGUGGACGCGAAGGGGUGGGGGAAGCCUGCGGGGCAGUUCACGUUCUCGAUUGGUGCGAGCAGUCGCGACUUCCGGCUGAAGGGGACUGUGCCGCUGUGAGGGCACGCUGUCUUGCUUUCAUCUAGGAGAAAAGGAUUUAGGACGGGUGGAGGAAGGGGGCGCGAUCUGAACGACAUCCCACGGACCGCGAAAGAUUUGUGUAUACCUACUGCUAUUGCUUGACUAUCCAUCGUCGCUGACUAUUGGCCGCGCACCGACCGUCAUCCAUUGUCUGUACAGCCG